UUAUUUUUGCGAUGUUUUUUUCCCAGAUGAAUACUUGAACUUGACCUCUAGGAACGACAUCCAUUUUUCCAGUAAUUAAGGCUAGAAAGACAAGAAAGCACUGACCAGAAAACUGUUGCUUCCGCAAUUAAAUUGCUUGCUGGCGUACCAAUACAAGGUGGCAAUUACUAUUGUCUGAAAACGACACGUUGGUCACCCGUGUUUUAAUUUCAUUUUAUGACAAUAGACCGAAAAGACCGAAUGGAAAUUGGCUUUGUUCUUCUUUAAAAUUGACCUUGUGUCUCUAAGCAACUAACGGUCAAAAAAAGACUGUAGAACCUAGAGCCAUAUACUAGAUAAACUGGGGAUAAAGACAGAAGAGACUUUGACAGAGCAGACAAAUUUCGCCUGUGAUUAUGUUAACGGAGUUUUGAAGAGAAAGCCUUUAUUAUGGCGUCAGUACUGAGUAGGCAUACUGUCAACGUUCUGAUCUUGGUAAUAUUUGGAGCAUUCCAAACUUUGCUAGCCGUUUGUCCUUCCGGCUGGUUUGCCUUGCAAAACGCCUGUUACAUCUUUCUGCCUGACAAGAUGGAUUGGUGGCAAGCUAAGGAGGUUUGUGAACGGCCCGGGAGCAGCCUGAUCGUUCCUGACUCGCAGGAAGAACAUGACUUCAUCUGGCGGGAAAUAAAAGGUGGAGAAUACGGAGCUACCGACGACAUGGAUGGUACGGAAGUGUGGGUUGGCUGCAGCUUCGUUUAUGACAUGUUUGGACGUUCGCUUUCGUGCGUCAAUGUCACUAAUCCCAUCUACCAAAAUUGGGCGCCUGGUGAACCAGCAGAUCUACUUGAACAGUGCCUCGUGAUGGCUGACAAGUUCAAGGGGAAGUGGGGUAGCAAAUCGUGCAGUGCCUUGAAAUACGUCGCUUGUGAGAUGCAUGUUUCUCGUGUCUCGUUCUGCAUGCCAACCGAUGCUGACGGCCAGUAUCCGCCGCACUGUCUGCCCAACCAUGAGAUCAAGAACCUGACGACCGGACUUAGCGAAUGUGCCAAGGAAUGCGGGAAGGAGCAUCGAUGCCACUCCUUCAAUCUCUGGCAGAAGGAGGAAGAAGACGUGGGAGUCUGUCAGCUCAACAGUGCAACUCGCUUGCAGGCCUCUACCGAAGAGUACACGUACGUAGAAGACUGCUACUUUUACGAAAUGGGAAGCAACUAAAAAUGCAUCUCGUAUAGGUGUGUAACUCGGCUAAGACUUGUCGUUUUAAAUUUAGAAUUGUUGGUGUCCAUCUUUAUCCGUUGAACAGUGAAAUUGCAACACUAACAUCAGUAGUACAUAUAGCUAACGCGUUCAGUGGACAAUUUCAUUUGGACAUUUUUACUGGAAAACAGAUUUUGAACAACUCGAUUUAAAUAUUUAUUCCCGGUAAAUAAUUUUGAAAAGUCGUUGAUUUUGCUGACGAAACUUCUUUGUGAACAUUUUACUUCUACCUGCACUCACGGACCUCAUCUAAGUGUUUACUUCUUCAUUCACAUCGAAUUGAGAUGCCUGAAUAGUUUUGAAGUGUGAUCAACAAUCAAGAGACUUUUAAAAACUCUUUAUUUAAAAAAAAAGAUUAGUAUAUACGUGUAUUUAAUGUUUACAGGACUGUACAAAAAAAUAUAUGAAGAAAUCGUUAAUUAAGCGAUUAUGUACCUUUCGGGCAUUUGCAGGCACGGUUCGUUACUGACUAUUGGGAGGGACACUAAAUAUAUAUUCAGGAACCGUUGCAGUUUCGGGAAAGGUUGGAAAAAAUAUCAUUCGGGAGUGGGUGGGGUGAGCUGGGGAGAAAUAAAAUUGGGAAUUUCAUUUGCUAAAAUUAGAACAAAAUAGGCACCGUUUUGUUAGACAAGGUGGAAUUUCUUCUUUUUUGCAGCCUACCAAUGCCACCGCACCAGCUAUUAUGAGAUGUGGACUUGUUUUGUGAAUUUGUUUUACAUGCACGUUCAGCACCAAAUAAACAUAAAUUGCACAAAACUUCUCAUGAGAAACAAAAGUGAA